CAGGGCUCAGGAACAUUCCAAGAGAAGGAUAAACCUCAUGUGAAGACGUUUAGAGAGCGGCCCGCCAUCAGUCGUGACAUGGACUCAGACGAAUUUGAAGACGACACUCCCACGGGAAAGUCUAAGAAGUUACAGAGUCAGCUGGCCCCCGAACUGUCAGACCUGGUAAUCUAUUGCCAGGCAGUGAAAUUCUCAGGUUUGGCAAGUAGUCCGAAUAGUUCCAUGAAGCAGAAAAGCAAGAUUAAAGACAGGAAGACAGUACGAUCCUCAAGUGCCUCCAACUCAUCGCCUAACACACCUCCACUACAUACUGCAUUCAAUGAGCAUCAAAGCAGGACAGAUACAGAUCUGCUAGGACUGAACCGAAACUGCAAGCGCCGUUCCACCCGAAGUCCCGCGGUCUGCCACCAGGUGGCGUCUCUCAACGAGAACAUGGCUAAAAAGCUGUGUCGAAAGAACCCUCUGGGAGUUAUUGCUCAUACAGAGUUACAGUUGAUGCGUACCUACCCGGCAGGCAUGCGGAUAGACUCCUCUAACUUCAAUCCCGUCAUCUUCUGGGCGUUUGGCAUACAGCUAGUUGCACUCAACUACCAGACCGAUGAUACGGCAACACACAUCAACACGGCCAUGUUUGAGCAGAACAACAGCUGCGGCUACGUGCUGAAACCGUCGCUGAUGUGGGACCACAAGCACCUUCUCUACAACCGCUUCAAUCCGUGGGACAAGGAGUUUGAUGGCAUAGUGCCAUCCAUACUCACCAUCACUGUGAUAUCGGCCCAAUAUGUAUGCCAGGGCAACUACACAGGCAGUCCGCUCGUAGAGGUGGAGAUUGUCGGCUUACCGAUGGAUUGUAACAGGCAGAAGACUAAAAUAGUGCCAAGGAAUGCUCUUAAUCCGAUCUGGAAGGACACCUUAACGUUUAAGGUCAUGUUCAAGGAGCUGGCGUUCGUGCGCUUCACGGUGUCCGACAUGGGAACGAACCAUGUGAGCACGCAGCGAGUGAUCCCUCUGAAGUGCCUGCGGCCGGGCUACCGGCACGUGCACCUGCGCAACCCGCACAACGUCAAGCUGAAGGUGUCCAGCCUCUUCAUUUUCUCCAAUGUGCAUAACAUAGAUCCCAGCAUGAGAGCAUGGAUGACAUCUAUACAGAGGACUGGAAUGAACAAGGACAAGCGUAAAGAAUCUGUUCAGGAGAUGUCUGGUAACGACUGGGACGUUGGUGAACAGAUGUUCUUGGUGUGUGUGUACAACGUGUCGCGGGACCAGCCAUACACCAUCCUCAAGUCCGCCGUCUCUAACACAGUGCAUGACAUCAUCACUCAGGCGAUGGCCAAGGCACGGCGGCCCGGUACUCCAGGAGACUUCACUCUAAUGGAGGAGCAAGCGGUGGAUCAGCCACCAGGUGUCACCAGCGUUGAGAAGGUGACUCAGCGAAUCAUGUGCGACGCGGAGAACGUGUUUCACGCGCAGAGCGAGUGGCGCUCCUCCGGAAAGUUCAUCCUCAUGGAGAAGGACCAGGAACGAUUAUAUCUCAGUAGGAAACCUGUGCCUCUUACGAGGCAGGCACCGCCACGACUCUCUGACAAGCUGUACAAACCCAAAAAACAAGCCAAAGACAAGGAUCUAGUACUCAAAAUAACCAAACUCAAAGACACAGAAGAGGAGCCUACGGGUCGGAGCAGCAUGGACACGGGGCUUCCGACGUGGGACGCCGACAGCCACACGACGGAGACUCCGCACGUAGCCUUCCAGCUCGGCGACGACCCGCUGCCGGAGGCGUCGGUGCCCGACACGCCACCUGGCGGCGAGUCGACGCGCUCGUCGUCGAUGCAGAAGCUGCGCAAGGUUUCGCUGAAGAAGUUCAAGAUGUGGAAGUGACGACGACGUCGACAACGGCGCAUGCUUCCCUCCCCUGGGGCCGGCGACGCUUCGCGCGACGUGGUCUCGUUUGUUUCGCAUUUCCGCGCACUCGUCUCGCGGAGCGUUCGCGACGUACGUACGUGCGUCGGCCGUGUCACCGCUCGUGCUUUCAUUCUUCACUGAAGAAGUUUGAGAUGCGAAAGUGACGAUGAGGAUGGGGUCGUGGACCGCGGCGGCGCCGACGCCGCAUGCUCCCCAACGAUGACAACGUGAAGUUGCGGCUCCUC